AUGGGGAAAGGAUUCUACAUCAGCAAAGCGGUGGUGGUAACCUGUGUGGUAGUAGCCAUCAGCGCCGUGGCCACCAUCAUAGCCCUGUCUGUGGUUUACAGUCAGGAGAAGUCCAAGAAUGAAGCUACAGCUCCAUCCACUAUCAGCCCAAAUACCGCCACCCCCAGUACCCAGCCCCCCGCCACCACACCGUCCACUCCAAAGGAGCCCUGGCAGCGCUACAGACUCCCAGACUCCCUCGCUCCUAUCUCCUACAACGUGACCCUGUGGCCUCGGCUGGAGCCCAACGCAGAUGACUUGUACAUCUUCAGUGGAAACUCCAAAGUGGUCUUCAAAUGUGUGAAGGAGACCGACCUCAUCCUCAUCCACUCCAACAAGCUGAACCUAACCACCUUCAAGGAACACCAUGCCACGUUAACGGGCCUGGAUGGAGCCACUGCACCUACAGUGAAAAAAACCUGGUUGGAGGCUCCCACCCAGUACCUGGUGGUCCAGCUCAACAGCCCACUGCAGGCCGGCAGCAUAUACGAGCUCUUCACUGACUUUGUUGGAGAGCUGGCCGACGACCUGGGUGGAUUCUACAGGAGUGAAUACAUUGAAGACGGUGUAAAAAAAGUUGUGGCCACAACGCAAAUGCAGCCAACAGAUGCGAGGAAAGCCUUCCCCUGCUUCGAUGAGCCAGCUAUGAAAGCUGUCUUCCACAUGACGCUCAUUCACCCCCAGGAGACCGUAGCUCUGUCCAAUUCCAUGAAUUAUGACCCUGUCAACAUCACUAUGCAUGGCCUGAAUUUAACCCAGACAAGAUUUGAACCCACAGAGAUUAUGUCAACCUACUUGCUGGCUUUUGUUGUGUGUGAAUUUACCUACAUUGCGUCGAAACCAGAAGCAGAUGUUUUGGUCAGGAUCUGGGCUCGCAGGAAAGCCAUAGAGGAGGGCCAAGGAGACUAUGCCCUUGAGAAGACUGGACCCAUACUGGCAUUCUUUGAGAAAUACUACAACUCUUCCUACCCCCUGAAAAAAUCAGAUCAGAUCGCUCUUCCUGACUUCAGUGCUGGAGCCAUGGAGAACUGGGGCCUGAUCACCUACAGAGAGACCGCCCUCUUAUAUAAUCCUGGUGUGUCGUCCAAUGGAGACAAGGAGUGGGUGGCAACAGUCAUCUCCCAUGAGCUCGCUCACAUGUGGUUUGGGAACUUGGUGACCACGAGGUGGUGGAAUGACUUGUGGCUCAACGAGGGAUUUGCCACCUACGUCUCUUAUCUUGGAGCCAACAAAGCUGAACCAACGUGGAAUAUGAAAGAUUUAAUAGUUCUGAAUGAAAUCUUUGGUGUGAUGGCUGUGGACGCUUUGGCCUCCUCCCAUCCCCUUUCAUCCAAAGAGGAGGACAUCCUGAAGCCAGAGCACAUCAGUGAACUGUUUGACUCCAUCACAUACAGCAAGGGGGCUGCAGUCCUCAGGAUGCUCUCUGAGUUUAUCACUGAGUCUGUCUUUUCCAAAGGACUCCAUACAUACUUAGAGGAGUUCAAGUAUAAUAACACAGUCUACACAGACCUUUGGAAGCACCUGCAAAUGGCAGUGGAUAAAGCUGGCAUAUCGCUACCCAGCCCUGUGGAGGUUAUCAUGAACCGAUGGAUCCUACAGAUGGGAUUCCCUGUGGUCACCAUUGACACCAAGACUGGAAGUAUCACUCAGAAACACUUCCUGUUGGAUCCAGACUCUGUAGUGGACAGACCUUCACCGUUCAAUUACGAGUGGUAUGUUCCCAUUACAUGGAUUAAGACUGGUGUAGAAAAAGAACAGUACUGGCUUGUUGCCAAAGAAGCUACAAACAAGAACAUGACUCUUGGUGUUGAUGAGUGGUUGGUGGCCAACAUAGAUAUGAGAGGCUUCUACAGAGUCAACUAUGACUCUGACAACUGGGAGCGUCUCCUCACCCAACUGGGCUCCAAACAUACGGAUAUUCCAGUGAUCAACCGGGCUCAAAUUAUCGAUGAUGCUUUUAACCUUGCAAGGGCAAAGAUGGUGAACACAACUCUGGCCCUGAGGACUACUAAGUUCCUCCAUGAAGAAGUAGAAUACAUGCCAUGGCAGACAGCCAGGCGCAACUUGGACUACUUCUACCUCAUGUUUGACCGCAGUGAAGUGUAUGGACCCAUGCAGGCUUACAUAAAGAAACAGGUCACGCCUCUGUUUGACUACUUCAAAGAUCUCACUGUCAACUGGACAAAGAUCCCUGAAAAGCACACUGACCAGUACAAUCAGGUGAAUGCAAUCUCCUUGGCCUGCAGUACUGGCGUAGAAGGCUGUAAAAAUCUGACCACUGGCUGGUUCAAAGAGUGGAUGGAAAACGAAGCUAACAACACGAUUAGUCCCAAUUUGAAGUCCACAGUGUACUGCAGUGCAAUCGCAGCAGGAGGAGAGGAGGAGUGGGACUUUGCCUGGUCCAUGUACAAGAACGCGACGAUCGCUUCAGAAGCUGAUAAACUCAUGUAUGCUCUGUCAUGCACCAAACAGCCCUGGCUGCUGAACAGGUAUCUGAAGUAUUGUCUGGACCCAAAGAAGAUCCGUAAGCAGGAUGCCACCUUCACCAUCGUCUACAUUGCUAGUAACCCCAUCGGUCAACCUCUGGCUUGGGACUUUAUCAGAUCCAACUGGAACCACAUAUUCAAUGACUAUGGUGGUGGAUCAUUUUCCUUUGGAAGACUAAUUGAUGGAGUGACCAAACGUUUCUCCACUGAAUUUGAGUACAAGCAGCUGCUGCAGUUCAAAGAAGACAAUGCAGGGAACUUCGGCUCGGGCACCGCGUCUCUUGAGCAGGCGCUGGAGAGAACCAAAGCCAACAUGAACUGGGUGGCCAUGAACGAGAAACAGGUGUUUGAAUGGUUCACCAAAGAGGCCUCUUCUCCAGUUUAGUAAUGCAAACAAAUUUAUUCUUAAAUAUAAUGUAUAUUCUGAAUAUGAUGGAGAUUUACUUUUUAAUGUAAAGUUUUGAUAAAGCCUUUAUGUGGUUUAAGAUUAUUUGAUAUCUAAAUCUGGUUUUGUAUGUGGAAAAUUUGUUAUUUGAUGUAUGUACUGUCCCUGACAACAUUUGAAAUAUCACAGAAUUUAGCAACACAAAAAAAGGUAUAUUCUGUGCUCACUGUUUUUUGUUUGUUUUUUGUUUUUGUUUUUUUUUUUUUUGCAUUUUGCCAGACUGUGAAA